CAUCAACCAAUCAGGUUUAAGGAGAAGAGAAGCAAUGAUCUCCGGCGACACAUUAUCAGCUAAAAAGACCAAAUCGAUUCCACCAGAAGAAGACCAAGACCCACCAAGCCAAUCAAUCGCACUUCUCGCCAAUCACACAGAUUCCUCAGAUUCUGAUUCUUCCACUAGUAGCAUCUCAAGCUGCUUCAUCUUCACAUCUCUCCUUCUCGUCACCUGCAUCGCUCUAUCCGCCGCUUCAGCUUUCGCGUUCCUCUUCUUCUCUUCCCAAAAACCUGUCCUUUCCUUAAACCAAGUCUCAAAGUCACCAGCUUUCGACAGAUCCGUAGCUCGUCCACUCAAGAAACUCGACAAGCCUGUUGUUCUUUUGAUUUCCUCAGAUGGGUUUCGUUUCGGGUAUCAAUUCAAGACCAAAUUGCCGAGCAUUCACCGGUUAAUCGCCAACGGAACCGAAGCCGAGACGGGUUUAAUCCCUGUUUUUCCGACACUAACUUUCCCGAACCAUUACUCUAUCGUCACAGGUUUAUACCCAGCUUAUCAUGGAAUCAUCAAUAACAGGUUCUUUGAUCCAGAAACAGGGAACGUUUUCACAAUGGCUAGUCAUGAACCAGAGUGGUGGUUAGGUGAGCCAUUGUGGGAGACAGUAGUGAAUCAAGGGCUUAAGGCUGCUACUUACUUUUGGCCUGGCUCUGAGGUACACAAAGGCUCGUGGAAUUGUCCUGAAGGUUUAUGUCAAAGCUACAAUGGUUCAGUUCCUUUUGAUGAUAGAGUUGAUACUAUUUUGAGCUAUUUUGAUUUGCCUAGUAGCGAAAUCCCGAGUUUCAUGACUCUUUACUUUGAAGAUCCUGAUCAUCAAGGUCACCAAGUUGGCCCUGAUGAUCCUCAGAUCACAGAAGCUGUAGUUAACAUUGAUCGGUUAAUAGGAAGAUUAAUUGAUGGGUUAGAAAAACGAGGGAUUUUUGAGGAUGUGACUAUGAUUAUGGUUGGUGAUCAUGGAAUGGUUGGAACUUGCGAUAAAAAAGUGGUUGUGUUGGAUGAUUUAGCUCCUUGGAUCAAAAUCCCGAGUAGUUGGGUUCAGUACUACACUCCGUUGCUAGCGAUUAAACCCCCUUCAGGGCAGGAUGCAGCGGAUAUCGUGGCUAAGAUAAAUGAAGGGUUGAAUUCGGGUAAAGUAGAGAAUGGGAAGUACUUGAAGGUUUAUCUCAAAGAGGAUUUACCUAGUAGGCUGCAUUAUGUAGACAGUGACCGCAUCCCGCCUAUAAUAGGACUAGUCGAUGAGGGCUUCAAGGUGGAGCAGAAGAAAAGUAAAGCCAAGGAAUGUGGUGGAGCUCACGGGUAUGACAAUGCCUUCUUUUCGAUGAGAACUAUAUUCAUUGGGCACGGUCCUAUGUUCUCAAAAGGAAGGAAAGUGCCUUCAUUUGAGAAUGUUCAGAUAUACAAUCUGAUCAGUACGAUUCUAGAACUUAAGGCUGCACCAAACAAUGGAUCCGACGAGUUUCCUGCAAACGUUCUCUUGCCACGCGUGUAGCAGAGUAGGGUAAGUUCAUUCUUCUGUCAAUAAAAGGCAGUCUAGACUCUUAAGACUUUGUUGUCAAAACAGAAACGAGUUUGAUCUGUUAGACUGUUUAUGCGUUGUGAUCUGAAUGCUGUUUUUGUAUGAUUUCAUCAACUAAAACGUAUCCUAGUCUUUUGGAGUAUGUAAUCGUUAAAACUUGUCUUGACAUUUGAUGCCAAGAUUUGAAGCUUUUGUAACUUCCUCCAAAGAAACAAUGCUUUGAAUU